GCCACGUUCUAAUCGACGGUAAAUUCUUCUAGGAUAUAACGAAUGUCCGCACAUACCGCAGUGCGAAUAUAGAUUCGGAUCACUACUUAGUCGCUGUAUGCAUGCGCUCAAAACUUUCGACAGUUAUCACCACGCGUCGAAGUCGAACGCCGCGGCACAACAUCGAGCAACUUCGUAACGUACAAGUGGCUCAAGACUACGCGCAGCAGUUAGCAGUGGCUCAACCAACGGAAGAGCAGCUUGGCGCAGCUACACUUGAAGAUGGCUGGAGGGACAUCCGAUCCGCCAUAGGUAGUACCUCGGCUACAGCACUAGGCUUCGCGACUCCGAAUUACAGAAACGACUGGUACGACGGCGAAUGUGAACAGUUGAAAACGAGAAGAAUGCAGCAUGGGCGAGAAUGCUGCAACACCGUACGAAAGCGAAUGAGGCACGUUACAAACAGGCGCGGAACAGGCAGAACUCAGUCUUCCGGAUGAAGAAGCGCCAGCAGGAAGAACGAGAUCGAGAAGCGAUGGAAGAGCUGUUCCGCGCUAAGGACACACGAAAGUUCUACGAGAAGCUGAACCGCUCGCGCAGAGGCUUUGUGUCACAAGCCGACAUGUGCCGAGAUAAUCACGGGAAUAUUCUCACUAGCGAGCGUGAGGUGGUCGAGAGGUGGCGGCAGCAUUACGAUGAGCACCUCAAUGGCGACGUUGCAAGAACCGAAGGUGGCGUGGUAACAGAUCUAGGAGUAUGUGCACAGGACGAAAGACUUCCGGCUUCUGACCUUCAAGAGAUUGAGGAGGAGGUUGGCCGGUUGAAAAACAACAAAGCCGCUGGAGCAGAUCAACUACCAAGCGAGCUUCUAAAAUACGGUGGAGAAGCACUGGUGAGAGCACUACACUGGGUCAUUACCAAGAUUUGGGAGGAGGAAGUAUUACCGGAGGAAUGGAUGGAAGGUUGGAUUGCGGGAACUACCGCGCGAUCACACUACUGAGCGCUGCCUACAAGAUACUCACUCAAAUUUUAUGCCGCCGUCUAUCACCGAUUGCAAGAGAGUUCGUGGGGCAAUAUCAGGCUGGAUUUAUGGGUGAACGCGCUACAACGGACCAGAUGUUCGCCAUCCGCCAGGUGUUGCAGAAAUAACGCGAAUACAACGUGCCCACGCAUCACUUGUUCAUCGAUUUCAAAUCGGCGUAUGAUACAAACGAUCGAGAACAGCUAUGGCAGAUUAUGCACGAAUACGGAUUCCCUGAUAAACUGAUACGGU